AUGGCAGAACAGUUUUUUGCUUCAAAUGGCUUCCCUUGUCCUACUCUGAGAAACCCAGCAGAUCACUACCUUAGAACCAUCAACAAGGAUUUCGAUGUUGAUAUCGAACAAGGGUUUGAUGGCAAAACAAGCACUGAGGAAGCAAUUAAUAUUCUCAUACAAUCAUACAAGUCUUCAAAUCAUUUCCAGCAAGUUCAGAAACAAGUAGCUGAGAUUUGCCAACAGAAAGGUGGGGAUCUAGAGAAGGGAAGCCAGGCCAACUUCAUAACCCAAUGCCUGGUUCUGACAAGGAGAUCUUUCGUGAACAUGUAUCGUGAUCUAGGCUACUACUGGCUUCGCCUUGCAAUUUACAUUGCCUUGUGCUUAUGCGUAGGGACAAUCUUUUACGACAUUGGCUCCACUUUUGGCUCAAUACAGGCUAGAGGUGCAAUGCUCAUGUUUGUUGGAGCAUUCUUGACUUUCAUGGCAAUAGGCGGCUUCCCUUCUUUUGUAGAAGACAUGAAGAUCUUCGGGCGUGAAAGAUUCAACGGGCACUAUGGUGUUUCGGCAUUUGUUGUUGGAAACACAUUCUCCUCCAUCCCAUAUUUGCUGAUCAUCUCUUUAAUUCCUGGAGCAAUAGCCUACUACAUGGUUGGCCUUCAAAAGAGCUUUGAGCACUUUGCCUGUUUUGCACUGCUGCUCUUUGUGACCAUGAUGUUGGUUGAGAGCCUAAUGAUGAUUGUGGCAAGCAUUGUGCCAGAUUUUCUCAUGGGAAUUAUUACUGGUGCCGGAAUUCAAGGAGUGAUGAUGUUGAAUGGAGGUUUCUUCCGAUUGCCGAAAGAUCUUCCUAAGCCUUUCUGGAGAUACCCAAUGUACUACAUUGCAUUCCACAAGUAUGCAAAUGAAGGAUUCUAUAAAAAUGAGUUUGAAGGACUAACAUUUCCUAAUGAUCAAGCAGCAGGGCCGUCCACGAUUACUGGCGAAGAAAUAUUGCGUAGUAUUUGGCAAGUGCAGAUGGGCUACUCUAAGUGGGUUGAUCUUGCCAUUUUGUUUGGGAUGGUAAUUGUUUAUAGGCUCAUGUUUCUGGGGAUCAUAAAGACCACAGAAAAGUCUGUACCAAUUAUCAAAGCUCUCUUAGUUGGUACUCCCAAGCACUCUUCUUAACAGAUCACAGAGAACCAAUCCUCCAAGCCUCUCUGUGAACUUUUCGGAAAGGCAUGCUGGGUAUAAUUGAAAUUUCUUUCAAAUAAAAUUACUCUAUAGUCCGCACUUGUAAGAUUCUGACACCAUGUCAAAGACAUGGUUUUCCAGAGGA